AUGUGGUCUAAAGUCGCUCUUACGGCAUUUGCCUUGGUUGGCUCGCUCGAUCUGACAGCAGCCAAAUGUAACAAAGCGACUACCGGUUUGCCAUCGUCGGUAACCACACCAGGAGGAUAUACUGGCACAUCAACCGGAGGUCCCUCAACCAUAACCAGCGGUACGCUCCAACCGCGAGGUGUGCGAAAUCUGAUCCGAAACGGCAAUUUUGUUGCCUACGACCCCAGUACCCCUGGAGGCUUGUACGGAUACGAAGUCGAUGGAGACGGAGAAGCUCGCCAGGUUUCUGGCUUGGGAUACACUGGCGAUGGAAGUGAGGAAAGUGCCUGCGCUUACUUGACCGUCGGCCAACCCAAGGACAGCACGACAAACGGGAUUGACGCGCGCGAUGUCAUCCCAGAUCAAAGCGUCAGCAUUAAACAGGAGCUCCAGAGCACCGAUCGGGAGAGCGUCUACACUAUGCGCGUUUGGUACUAUGUCGACAUGAAUGAGAAGGCCAACACCUGCAAGCUGAUUGCCACCUAUGACAAUGGGGUCUUGGUAGAGUCCGACUAUUUCCCCGUUGUUGCCGCCAACUCUGGAAGCUUCAGCUGGACUGCGUUGGUCCAGGAGAGUCCUCUGAUCUCCGAGAGUGGCUACCUCAAAUUUGAGGUCAGAUGUUCCGAUGGUGGCUCGGCUGCAGUUCGCUUCGACCAAGUGUUCUUCACCAACGAAGUCAGUCUUAGCGAUUUAGAUGACAUCACGGUCAUCUACUCUGCUUUCGCCGAUGCGUCGACAGCUCCGCCUAGCCUGAGCUCUACUGCGCCUAUCGUCGCCUCUACUACAAGCAGUGUGACUUUGUCUUCGGCGGCACAGAGCCCAGCCGCAUCCAGCCCCGGUACAAGCGCAACUGUCAGCGACAACGGGACAACCAGUGGUUCAUUGACAGGAGUUGCGUCUACAACGACUGGAGCCGGUUCGAAUGGCGCUACCACGACUUCAUCCAGCGCUGCUGCAUCCUCCACCAGCUUUGGCGACAAUAUUUGCGCUACUUUGGGCAGCGCCUCCAUCACCGGCAGAGGCUGUGCCAGACGGCCAUACUCUGGAUCGUCUGGCUACAAGCAGUACACCAGCGAUGGCACAAAAGAGCAGUGUGCCGCCCUUUGCCUCAAGGAUCCUCGCUGCCUAUCCUUCCAGUGGAACACUAAGAGCAUCGGCUGUGUCAAUGGCUGCUACCUCCUUGAGACUUCACUUGCCGACAACUCGGCUAACAACGGCGGAAGUGACUCCAACUGGGCGUACGAUCGAUCUUGCAUUGCUCAGACGCAGUGCCCGACCACAGUGCCAGACAACACCGUCUGUGUCAACGUCGAGGGAAGCACCCCGGGCGCGGGCUGCACGAGCAACCUCAACGGACAGCCGAGAGCUUGCGCAUCACCCUUUAUCACGACCAGCGUGAGCCCCAUCUGCGGUUCCAGCGCCUGCCGCGACGUUUGCCACCAGUAUCCUUCUUGCAAGUCGUUCUCAUACUCAGUCACCGGCGGUCAAAACUGCAAACUAUACUCGGACACCGCUUCAACUGUUGCGACGUCAGACGGUGCCAACUAUCUCACAUUCUUUACCGAUCGUAGCUGCAACGCCUGCGGAAGUGGGAUGGCUCAGUUUAAGAAUGUGGCCACGCUCGCAGACCCUGCCAACAUGCCCGUUCUGACUUGCCCGGCUCCAUCUUCUACCGCUGCUGUCACUUCUUCCUCGCUGUCGACCUCUUCUUCGUCCUCUUCUUCUGUCGUUUCGACAUCGGCUGCUUCUACUACGCUCUCUGCAUCAACCACGACAGCAGCACCGUCAGCAACCACAACCGCUGCGACUAUGGACGCCUGCCCUGGAGGACAGAGCUGCACAGCCAACCUUCUCGUCCCAGCCAAUGUGUACUGUAAGAGAGCUGGCCAAUUCAAUUUGGACAUUGGUGCCUGGCUUCCUGAUUCGGUCAAGUUCCCUGGCAAGGCAACAUCGCCUGAACAGUGUGCCUCCAUUUGUUCUCAGACCAAGAAUUGCAACUCAUCCUCCUUUUCGCCUUUUCAAGGCAUGUGCUUCCUCAUUUCCGAGACCCUUGCACAGGGACAAUUCCACGGCGCAACUGACAACAACGACUGCGACACCCUCUACGACACCCUCUGUGACACCCUCUGUGACUACGACUGCUCCUUCAAGUACAUUGCCAGACACAACUUCGACUCCCACGCUCCCUACACCCACAACCUUUGA